AUGGCCGCCAGGGGGGUCAGUCGCGGGGCCGCGGCCGCGCGGAGCCGCGCGGCGGUGCGGCUCGUGAUCCUCGCGGGCAUCGUGUUCGGGGCCCUGACCGGCCUCUUGAGUAGCCACCAGAAGAGGCAGCGCGCGCUCGCGAACGAUCUCGCAGAUCGAUACGCGACGACGCGCGAGAGCACCGCGCGCGGCGUGGACGCGUUCGUCGACGCGACGCCCUCGCCGUCGUCGUCGCCGCCGAAGGCACCACUCGCGCCCGCACUUGAGAUUCGCACGUCGACGCCGACGUCUGGAACCGCGAGCGAAGGCGCUCGCGUGUACGUCCCGUCGGGAUGGGCGGAACGUCAUCAAACGAAAUCGAGCGCGAGGACGAACGCGAGGAAGGACGGGAAGUGCCUCCCCGGCGCGCACGCGGAGUCGGACGAGCGAACGGUCAACGCGAUCCCCCGCGCGACCGCGUCGACGUGCGAAGCGAAGGAGACGAUCCCCGGACUGUGCGAUGCCCUCGCGGUUCUGCUCCCGACCGCCGCCGCCGCCGCCGACGGCGAGCGCGCGGUGCUCCUCGCGUUCCGCGACGACGACGCCAAGGGUCCGGGCGCGGUUCACGUCGCGAAGAACGCGAUCGAGAAGACCGGCGCGCGCGCGGUCGUCGUCGUCGCGAAAGACGACGCGGAGAUGAGAGCGGCGCGAAACGCGGACCUUCCGUGCGCGUUCGCCGGGGAGAACGCGAAGCGCGCGCAGUUCGCCGUCGCUGCGGCUAUUCUCGCGCUCGGCGCGGACGUGCUGUUAGUCUCCCACGAAGUCGUCCUCCGGGGCGCGAACCCGCUCGUGAACGUCCCAAAUGAGCGCGGGGCGGACGUCGAAGGCGUGCCGCAUCACGCGUCGAUGCUCGGGCAGGUCGUCGGCAUGGGCGAUCCAGCGAUGGGGUGGUCGCAAUAUUCGCAAUCGAUGGCUAUGCCUCACGUGCUCUCAUCGCUCGUGUUGAUGCACGCGACGGAUGAAUCGCGCAGACUCGCGGAGUGGCUAGCGACCGGGAAUGAUAACGCCGUCGACGCGGACGUUGCCCUGAGCGAUGAGCUCCUGUUGCCCGCGCACGACGAGCGCCAACGCUCGGGUGCAACGUUCAGAGUGCUUCCGUCGAAAUGUUUCUCCUCGUGGAAGGCGGGUGGUGCAAUCGCCGAGGCGGCGAAGGGGUUCCCGGGAAAGCCGUGGUACGGAGAUACAUACGUCUCCCGCGCGGAAGAUCCGAACAAGAUAUUGACCACGGAAACUUUCGACUCUGCGAGAGGUGUCGUCCUUAGAGAUGGUCCGAUCGGCGACGGCGACGACAACGGCAACUGCGCGGCAAUCGCGCCGCGCGACCGAAGAGGGCCUACGCCGCGAGCGUUGCGAUAUAUCGCGCCGCCCGCAGGUGACUUCCCCGUCGGGUGCGAAGCUGGGCUCGCGGAUCUUUGCAAAGUCGUGCGAAAAGUCGCGAUAAACCGACAAGUCUUGGUGGCGGUCUCGAACAAGAACAUCUUUUACAUGCUCGGUUUGUACCUCGACGCGGUUGCAACUGCGAACAUCACAAACUCGAUCGUCGUCGCGCUCGAUAAGGAUACCGCGGCGUGGUGUAGAGCGCGAGGGACGCCGUACUACCAUCGCGAGCUGACAUCGUUGACAGGGUCCACGGACAACCACGCGACGUCCGGGCUCAAGUUUAGAGUUCUUCGAGAAUUCCUCUCCGUUGGAGUCUCGGUGUUGCUUUCAGACGUGG